CCUAUUCUCUCCUCCACCUUACCCUUGCUCUCAAUUACACUUGCUUCUUCUCUAAUUCUUCUCCUUUCUCCUUUACUUUUUCUGUGUUAAGUGUUGUGUAUUAUUUCUUGUCUGGUUUACGAAAACAACGUCACUCAUCGCACGACCUCAACAUUGGCAUGGACACAGCCCGUGCUCUGACACUGCUCGCCAUUCACCUCCGCUUCACUCCAAAAUACUAACCACCCCUGACCUCUGGUGAAAGGCAUGUCCCAGAUAGCCUUUUCCAACCCCGGUUCGAGGUCGGACAGUUACCAUGCACCACCCCGGGAUUCUCUAGAGCUUGCCUCGCUAGCCUCAUCGCCAGAUUCUGGUCCUCGAUCUUCCUGCUCCUCCUCUCCCUCGGGCGUUUCCUCUUCGCGCAAGCUCUCCUUAGACGAAGAAGACCCUUUAACCAGUACUCAGCUCCCCGCACAAUCUUCUUCUAGUCGACCUCGAUCCGCGCGCUCAUACUCAGUCUCCUCCGCUUUCGAUUUCGGGGCGACGCUCUUUCCCUUAUCGCAGACUACGGGCGGGUAUGCCCCUUUGGGAGCCCCGUCCGCCUUGGACGGAGAGGCUGGCCUAGCUGACGGAUCGCUGGAGCGGAACAAGACCUUGACCUACUUGAACGGUCUGUCCCUCGUUGUUGGCCUGGUCAUUGGCUCUGGAAUCUUCUCCUCUCCUAGCCAGGUCAAUGUCAAUGCGGGUUCGCCAGGGGCGUCGCUCAUUGCGUGGGUAGUUGCUGGGUUGCUGGCAUGGACCGGAGCAGCCAGUUAUGCAGAGCUGGGCGGAGCUAUCCCGCUGAAUGGAGGAUCUCAGGUGUAUCUCGCAAAGAUAUUCGGAGAAUUGGCGGGUUUUCUGUUCACCUGGUGUGCUGUCCUCGUGUUGAAGCCCGGCAGCGCUGCCAUCAUCGCCAUCAUCUUCGGAGAGUAUGUCGUGCGCGCAGUAGUGGGAGCCGAGGUUGAAACCAUCAACCCAUGGAUAAACAAGGCCGUUGCCUUUGGUGGACUCUUUGUUGUGACUCUGCUGAAUUGCAUCUCUACACGGGUGGCCGCACGCAUUGGAGACUUGUUUAUGUUCUUCAAGUUUGUUGCAUUGCUGGCUGUCACAAUUAUCGGCAUAGUGGUAGCUAUCACAGGCCUCUCCUCAACUGGAAGUGCCAACAAGGAAUGGAAGACUGGCUGGUUCGAGGGUACAAAUAUCGACGUUUCCGCAUGGGCGCUGGCUCUGUACGCGGGGCUUUGGGCAUUCGAUGGCUGGGACAAUACCAACUAUGUUACCGGGGAAUUCAAAAACCCUAACCGGGACCUGCCACGGGUGAUUCACACAGCCAUGCCGUUAGUCAUCCUAUCUUACAUCCUUGCCAACGUCGCCUACAUCCUCGUCCUGCCCCAAGCGACCAUUGAAGCGAGCAAUACCAUUGCGGUACAGUUCGGCGACAAAGUCUUCGGUCAUGUGGGUGCUCUCAUCUUUGCACUGAUUGUGUCCGCAAGUUGUUUUGGUGCCCUAAACGCCACGACCUUCACCAGUGGUCGAUUGGUCUACGCGGCCGGAAAAGAAGGUUAUCUACCUGAAGUCUUUGGUACUUUGUGGACACGCGGCAUUUCCUCCUCUAACCGCCUUCAACACCGGUCUUGGUUGAGCAAGUCACUUUCCCGGCUGUGCGGCGCCGGCACGCAGAUCGGGUUCACCCCCAUCAAUGCGAUGGCCCUCAACAGCGCUCUUACGGUGGUCUAUAUCGUUGUUGGCGAGUUCAAGACGCUCGUCACGUUUUACGGAGUCGCCGGCUACACAUUCUAUUUUCUGACCGUGUUAGGCUUGAUCGUGCUCCGGGUGCGCGAGCCGUACUUGCAACGACCUUACAAGACCUGGAUAUCGACUCCGAUCAUCUUCUGCUGUGUGAGUCUGUUUCUGCUCAGCCGCGCCGUCAUUGCAGAACCGCUGCAGACCUUGAUCGUGGUCGCUUUUAUUAUCGCCGGUGUUCCCGUCUACUACUGGCGUAUUUAUAAGCGUGACGGACACAAGGCGCUGCCCAGCUGGAAAUUCUGGCAGCGAACUUUCCGGUGACUUUCCUCUACUUAUGAAUGACAGACUCCUCUAAUGCCCGACCUCCUCAACUACAUAAUUUUAUCCAUCUUCCUCGCUGUAGCUCUGCCGUUCACCUCAUUUUUGUUGUGCAUUAUAUUCAAGGAAAAUCUGCAUCGGACGAGAAGACGGAUUGUGCUGUAAGGCCACUAUGACUUGAUGAUACCCAUUCGCAUUCUUCGGAUACUUGUUGUGAAGGAGAGCGGGGGACCUCGUUGCUUUCUUUUUUCUAUAAGGUUGCGUCUUAAUUGCUUACUUUGGGCCACAAAUGGAUACCACUCGAACAACGGGCGAGGCGGGUCCCGAGGGCUUUUUUUCUUUGAAUCUGCAUGAGUUGUUGACAUUGAUAUAGAGAUUCGGAGCAUGGGUUGACACGAUUGCAUUUUGUUAUGUUGAUCAAGCAUUACUCAAAC